CGGACGCACAUGUUUUGUGAAAAUGUCUGCAAUUAACGAAGAAUUAAUUGCAGCAGUAUUUAAAAAACGCUGUUUAUGGGACCAGCCAAAUAAACUCUACCACAAUAGGCAAAUAAUUAACCAAAAUUGGAACGAAAUUUCAAACGAAUUGAAUGUUGAUGCUAUGACUUUGAAAAAAAAAUGGAAACAAUUGAGGGACACGUUUCGAGCUGAAUUAAGGAAAUAUCCACCGAACCGUUCUGGCGACGCUGGCCCUGAUGCAGUCAACGAGAUGUGUUCUCAAUGGAGUCAUUUCGAGUCCAUGAUGUUUAUAAAGGACCAGAUAAAGUGUCGCCAGUCUUCCGGAAAUUUAUGUCGCCAAAAAACAAUGAAGUACAUGAUAAUAUUGGCGAAGAUGUUAAUAGUGUAGAUAUUGAGGUGCCGCAAUAUGAGGGAGAAAGCGACAUAAGUACGUUUGAAGUGCAAACGUCCACCCCACAUCAUCCUCCUAGAAAUCUUAAACGGCGUCAUAAUAACAUAGAAGGUGAAAUGCUCAACAUCGAAAAAAGAAGUUGGAGCUGUUAGAACAGAAAACAAAAAACAAGAUUCCAGCCGACGAUGAAGACAUGGCUUUUUUUGUGAGCCUAUUGCCACACGUUAAAAAAAUGGAUCCGCAAACGAAGCUUUUGUGCAGAAUGGAAAUGCAAAAAGUCAUGCGUACAACAUGGGGCGCUCUUUUAAUUUACAAAAUAUUCAACUAUCUGUACCAUCACCGACUCUACAGGAAUCUUCAUCAAAUCAAUAUUCUGAUAAUGCUUUAUCCCCACAGGA